AUGUGGGUGGGCGGUGGACUCAGGGCUGCACACCCAGUAAAGUAAAGUUUGUACAACAAAAGCUUGCGGGAAAGUUGCACAUGCGAGCGCACGCGAGCUACACUUACACCUAUCUCCACGCGCUCAAAGUCAAAACGCGUUUCUGACCCGGUUCAGCCCAGAUUCAUUCAAGACACAAUGAAGUCAAGCUUGUGGGUUUUCAUCCUUGGGAGUUUAAUCGUGACUGGAGUGAAGAUGCAAGAUUCUCCAGCAGAUGACCUUGCAGCAGAGGAAUCAGCCGUUCCUGAUGAAGCAGAAGACGCUGAAAAACCAGCUGAAGAUCCUGCGCCUGAAGAAACACCUGAGGAAACACCUGGAGAAACACCCGAAGAAACACCUGGAGAAACACCCGAGGAAACACCUGAGGAAACACCUGGAGAAACACCUGAGGAAACACCCGAGGAAACACCUGGAGAAACACCCGAGGAAACACCUGGAGAAACACCAGAGGAAACACCUGGAGAAACACCCGAGGAAACACCUGGAGAAACACCCGAGGAAACACCAGAGGAAACACCUGGAGAAACACCCGAGGAAACACCUGGAGAAACACCCGAGGAAACACCUGGAGAAACACCCGAAGAAACACCUGAAGAAACACCCGAGGAAACACCAGAGGAAACACCCGGAGAAACACCUGAGGAAACACCUGGAGAAACACCCGAGGAAACACCUGGAGAAACACCAGAGGAAACACCUGGAGAAACACCCGAGGAAACACCUGGAGAAACACCAGAGGAAACACCCGGAGAAACACCUGGAGAAACACCCGAGGAAACACCUGGAGAAACACCUGGAGAAACACCCGAGGAAACACCUGGAGAAACACCUGGAGAAACACCCGAGGAAACACCUGGAGAAACACCUGGAGAAACACCCGAGGAAACACCUGGAGAAACACCUGGAGAAACACCCGAGGAAACACCUGGAGAAACACCUGAGAAAACACCAGAGGAAGCAGAAGAGGAGGCAGCAGCUCCUACAGAUGAAGCAGAUAAAGCCACUGAAACAGAAACCGAUCCAGCUGUCGGAGAUCCUGAAGUUACUGAAGAAGAAAUCUCGCCUAGAAAAGCUCCAGGUGAAGCAGAAGAGCCAACACAAGAGGACACAGAAGGAGCCUGGACCACUGUACCUGAGGAACCGGUGCACUCUGGGGACGCAGCUAAAGAAGUGAAAGCCCAAGCAGAGAAUCCAGUAGAGAACGCAGUGAGAGCUGCAGACCGACACGUCGCAGGUCAAGGCAAAGGUCGCAGCGCUGGAGCAGUUUCUGAGUCAAACGACAGUGGAUCCGGGACGGUGGCUGGUGUUGUUUGUGGGAUCGCAGUAGCAGCUGUUGGAGCCAUAAUCGGAUACUUCACCUAUCAGAAGAAGAAACUGUGCUUCAGGGUCCAGAGAGGUGACCCGGAGAGCGCCAGAGAAGAGAACGGCACGCAGAACGACCCACAGGUUUUAAGCACUCUCCUGAACUCAUCCUAACUCCAGCACUGAAGCGUCUGUGAACCACUGGCACCGAGUCAUCUUCACAAACACAGUCACAGUUCAGAGCAUCUUCCUGACGCAGAUCAGGGCUUCAUCAUAACAUCUCAUCUUCAUACUGCUUCGACUACAGUUCUGCACUAGCACCAGGACUGUUCAGAAUGAGUUUGAAUGUAUUUUCACAUAGUUUGAGUGGGAUGUGUGUGUGUGCGUGUGUGUGUGUAAUUCGACAGCCUUCAGGGAGAGGCAUUUCAUUUAGUUACUUUAAAAAGUGUCGUUAAGUUUCAUUACUGUGUCAUUAAUCA